ACUUCUUCAAACGUUUGUCGGUUAUAUGAUUCUUCUUUCCUCAGAAUGGCUCCUGAUUUAGUGGUCAGUAUUCCUUCUGUUACUGAAGGCAAGGCUGUCCACAAUGAGGACCAUCUAGACGGCAGCAGUGCUGUGAUUAAAGUGAUUGUUUUUGGUGGUAUUGAUGGCAUUCUGACUAUGUUUGCUGUUGUUUCGGGUUGCGCUGGUGCAGCUAUAUCACCUUUGCAGACUAUUUGUGUGACAAUUGGUACUCUUUUAGCUUCUGCAUUUUCAAUGGGUCACGGUGAAUUCAUCAGUUCCAAGGCAGAACAUGAUUACAUGGAGGCGGAGCGCCUACGUGAGGAGAAGGAAGUGGCUGAAAAGCCAGAUAUGGAGAAGAAGGAAAUGUUCGACAUAUACACUGGGCGCUACAACUUUACACCGGAGGAUGCCAAUUGUUUGGUAGACUUGACGUUCAGUAACAAAGAAUUCUUCCUGCGUCACAUGAUGGUUGAGGAGCUUGGCAUACUUUUGGUAAAAGAUGAAUUGACGCCUGUUAAGCGAGGGGUGAUUAUGUUUGGCAGCUUUUGCGUAUUAGGUUCCUUCCCAUUGGUUGGGUUCUUUGGUUAUUUCUUAAACGUUGCCAAGUCUACGUCUCAGAUCAUAGGAUUCACCACAACUGCAUUGUUUUCAAUUUUGGGUACCAUGUGUCUUGGUUAUUUCAAGGGUAGUUAUACCAAACAGAGCCGGAUAAAAUCUGCUAUGUUUAUGGCGUUUAACGGUAUUGUUGUUGGCCUGAUAUCAUAUUUAUCUGGGCUUGCAUUGACGGCUAUGUUUCCUGAUGCAAGUGUCUAACAGCAACUACUGCGUUUUAUUUGCCUGUUAUCAUCGCAAAAUGUACCCUUUACAACAGGUGC